UCAGAACAACGUGCUAACGUGCUAACGUGUUUGCUAGCGCAAGCUAGAAAUGUCGCUAGGCUAAACUAAUCGCUCACUGAUUGCCAGGUUGUUGAGCAGCACUGGCUGAGCUCCUGGUCUGUGCUGCAGUCUGGUAAACAACGAAAAAGACGAUUUGUACUCUGGUAAAGAUCUGUCGCAGAUAAUGGCGAGCAGACGGGAGGGCAGGACGCCGUCAUGUCGUCGCAGGGCUCACAACACGUCAGAGGCGCAAAGGUCGCGCGUACUGGCGCCGGUCAGUCCUCCCUUCAGCACAACCCUCCACAGCGCCUCCUACAGGGCUCUCCGAGAGGAGCCCGACGACCGGGCUACGUCGCUACAGGAGCAGCUGGUCGAGAGGGAGCGGCACGUCUCCAGGCUACAGGACGCCCUGAGGUCCGAGAGGGAGAAGGUCGCCCGGCUGCAGUGUCGGUGUAACCAGCAGGGGGCGGAGUUAAAGCGCCGAGAGCAGCACAUCACCAGGAUGAGGGAAAAGCUCUCGCAGCUUUACGAUCGCCACCGAGGAGACCGAGGAAUGUCUUUAGAGAUCCUGAACGCUCCUCCGAAACCCUCAGGAAGGAGAGACGCUGCCUCCAGGAGCGCGAAGGCGGAUGCCAGAAACGAGGAGGCGCUGAAGCUGAUGCUGGAGAGGAGGGAGGCCGAGCUCAGGGAGGCCAUGAAGCUUCGCCACAGCCUCACGACUCUACUGCACGCGCUCAGAACCGACAUGCAGCAGACUCUACAGGACGUGACGGAGUGCGAGGAGGAAGGGGCGGAACCGAGCGGUCUGGUCCAGUCAGAGCGGACGCUCGGCGAUCACGUGACCGGCGGGGUGGUUUUGGAGUGGGUCCACGUGCAGAAGAGGUUGAGGGAGCUGCUGGCACGGAGUACGAGUCCCGCAGCAGUCAGGACGGAUCAGGAGAAGCUCCUGGUUCAGUUUGAGGAAGAGCUGGAGCAGAGCCGAGAGCUGAUCCGACUUCAGCAGCAGCUCCUGCAGGACAGCGCCGCUUCUUCUCUCUCGGACGCGCCGAUGGAUUUCUACUACCUGGAGGAGUGGGAGCGGCUGCAGGACCAACGGGCGGAGCUGAACCGGCAGAGGCGGAGCUUCCAGCAGGAGAGGCGGGCCUUCACGGACGCAGCAAUCCGAUUGGGCCGUGAGAGGUGUGUGUUUGAGCAGCAGAAGGCGUCUCUGAUGAAGCAGUGGUUCCUCAGCACGUCUCCACUACCAGAGUCGCCUCAGUGUAACAGGAGAGAGAGCACGGCGCUCAGCCACCUGAGGAUGACGGCUCCUGAUCGUCUGUCCCUCUCCCCCUGUGUCACCCCGUCGUCCUCUGAGGGGUCAGAGGUCGCGCCCUGGUCAGAGCAGAGGACCGGCGUGACCCCGAGCACCCCUGAGCUGCACUGUGCUCUCCAGCUGAACUACUGCAGGGAGGCAGGAAGUCCUGCGGCCAGCGGCUGGGCAACGGACGAGCGGACGGACGACUUCAGGACCUACAGACCAGCGGCGGAUUCGUGGCCGUUUUAGUCUCAACGUGUGUGUGUGUGUGUGUGUGUGGCUGCAUUUUGCUUUCUGUUUGUACAUGAUGAAAUAAAGAUUAUUUUCUUACCACUGUGCAAAAUAGUAAUGAAUAAGGCUC